AUUCAGCUCAGUUCACCGCCAACGGGACUGCAGUCCCCACGAAGUCAGGACUAGCUGGUUACUUCCUGCAGUCGACGGCGAUGUCUGACGUUCUCACACUCUCCCCGUCGUCCUUCUUGGCACUCUUCAACCUACGCAGCCUGUACCUCAUCACAUAUGGAUGGCUUUUGGGCAUGUCUAUCUGGGUCUCGUUCUUUGGCGGCACAAUCGCCUUCAGGACCUUGCCGAGGCAUCAGUUCGGAGCGCUUCAGCACCGCACCUUCCCUAUCUAUUUUUCAAUGAGCAUCGUCAUGUCCUCCGGCCUCCUCGCCCUCUGGGCUCGCGCCCAUCCUGCGGUAUAUGAUCACAUCUUCCAGCCCGCAGUCGCGGACGUCGCCCAGGCGUAUGCCCUGGCGCUUGUUCUCAUCUCUCAGGCGGUUAACUACUUUGUUAUCGGUCCCUUGACUAGCAAGACUAUGUUCCAGCGCCAUAAGCUGGAGAAGGAGGAAGGAAAGGCCUACAACGAUCCUGGCGUGUCUGAUGCCAUGAAAGCUCUGAACAGCAGGUUCGGCGCGCUUCAUGGUGUCAGCUCUCUAGCAAAUCUGUCAGCCGUUUUCGCCCUCCUGUUCCAUGGGCUGUGGGUCGGCAGCGUUGGCACUGGCAUAUGACAUGCCGAGAAUGCCUUUUGUUCUGAGAGGUAUCUUCCAAUUCCGCUUUCAUCCUUGCUGUGAACCGUUGCAUGUACACCUGAUCUGUUGUUCUACAACUAUGCCUGUACUAGCACAUCUUACCCACUCCAAUCCACAACAUCCUACCUCACC